AUGGUGGACAUGGUCAAGCUGUUGGCGCGCUUGACUGAGUCAGGCGAACAAGUGGCACUGCCUGGAUUUUAUGACUCGGUGCGUCCAACCACCGAGACGGAGAUUCAGGCUUACAAGGACAUCGUGCGUAUCAAGCAGUCGCUCAAGUCUGCCGCUGGGAAAGAGGGUACGGACGGCGAGACGGUGGAGAGCUUGAUGGCCAAAUGGCGAAAUCCAUCGCUGUCGGUGCACAACAUCCGCGUCUCCGGUCCCGGCAACUCGACCGUGAUUCCAUCCACCGUAUCCGCGCAAGUAUCGCUCCGCCUCGUCCCCGAUCAAGACCUCCCCACCAUCGAGGCCGCUCUGCUCGAUCACGUGCAUGCGACCUUUGACUCGCUCUAUCCGACGCUGUCGCGGCCGAGUAUCAAGAACAAGGUGAGGGUCAGCGUCGACCAUCGCGCCGACUGGUGGUUGGGGUCGUCGUCGAGCAGCUUUUUCCAGUUGUUGAGGCAGGCAGUCAAAGAGGAGUGGAAUGCCGAGCCGAUCUCGAUUCGCGAAGGAGGCAGUAUUCCGGCGAUCGCAAUUCUGGAGAAGGAGCUGGGUGCCUGUGCGGUGCAUCUGCCGAUGGGUCAGAGCAGCGACAAUGCUCACUUGCCGAAUGAGAGGCUGAGGCAGAGGAACCUGGCGAAGGGGCAGAACGUUGUGAGACGGUUUAUUCAGGGGUUGGCGGCGAUAUAG